CUAGAAGUGCAAAAUUAUCCAAUGAAAUAUUCCGAUAUAAAAUUGCUGAAUUGGUUCUUGCAAACUUAUAAACUGGUUCCUUGCUAAACACCUCACGGACAGAUAAAUCAGAAGUUGAUGGAGAAAUUCAAAGUAGAACAGGCUCCUCCAAGUAUAUAUUACAUUCCCAAUUUCAUAACCAAGGAUGAAGAGCAAUACCUUUUGCAUCAUGUGAACUCAGCACCAAAGCCAAAGUGGACUCAGUUGUCAAAUCGAAGACUGCAAAACUGGGGUGGGUUACCUCAUCCAAAGGGAAUGGUGGCUGAGGAAAUCCCACAGUGGCUAAAGGUGUACAUGGAGAAAGUGGCAGCCCUGGGAUUUUUUGGCGACAAAUUGCCAAACCAUGUUCUGGUUAAUGAGUACCUAGCAGGACAAGGAAUUAUGCCCCAUGAAGAUGGCCCCCUUUAUUACCCAGUUGUGUCUACAAUUAGUUUGGGAUCACACACUUUGCUAGAAUUUUAUCGACCCUUGGACUCAAGUGAUCAAUCCUAUGAUGACCAGCAACAGCAAACUUCCUUUGAGGACCGAUUCCUAACAUCUAUUCUUUUGGAACCUAGAAGCCUUGUGUUUGUUUGUGACGAUAUGUAUAAAACUUACCUACAUGGAAUAAGUGAGCGUACAGUGGACAAAAUCAGCAACUCUAUAGCUAACAUUGAGAUGUGCGAGAUGGCUCAGUCAGUAGAAGCUUCAACACGGACCACUAGAGUGUCUCUCACAAUCAGACAUGUACCAAAAGUCUUAAAAGCUAAAUUCUUAUUUGGAAAAAAGUGAUUUUGUUGAAUUUUUAUUAAAACUGUUAAAAUAACUUAUUUGUACAAAUUUAUUUUUUUGCACCAAGAAAGAAAUGCAGGUGGUCUAUCCCUUUUAUGAGCAUGGUGAAGAGUUGAGGUUAUAUUUUUUUUUAGUUUUAUCAUAGAUUUCAGUUUAAUUUGUCUAUUUCUUGUGUUAAAAAAGCUUACAGUUACUUUUUAUGGUCAACCAAAAUUUAAAUGUCUUUAAGGCAAGAUACAGCGCUCAUGAAUCUUUGUUAUGCACACAUAGACAUUUUUGUUUUCAUACAAAUUGUUGAAUAGAAAAUUGAAUUUAAAACAAAAUAAAAUGUAAAAAAAACAAACAAACAAAACACUAGAAACUUUUAAACCAUGUUCAUAAUUGACAUGCAAAUAGAAUAAUUAUAUGAUCUCAUCUAUACUUUAAAGAUUGAGAUUCUUCUGUGUUUACAUUCCAACUAUUCUCAAUCGGUGUCUCCCACAUUGUUUUAAGUUUUAUGUACCUAACAUGCAAUAUUCUGUGUAUGCUGGAACCUUAAAUUCAUAUGUUACCCUCAUUACAUCUAAAAACCCAGGAUACUUUAUAUUACAAAUCUAAUAAUGUCUAGAUAUUAUCACUCAUAAAAUAUAAUUUGAUAUAUUUAUUAAAAAAUCUAAAUACAGGUCAAUAAUUAAAUUUCUAUAAAAUAUUAAUCAAGAUUUAUCAAUAAUAUACAUACAUGUACAUACAAAUUUAAUUAAAUUGAAUGAAAUUAUGAGUACAAAAUAUCAAGUCAUUUAUUUUUCUACAGGUACAAUUUUGAAAAUUUUAUCAAAAGAACAAGAAAUAUUUGGAGUUUUCUAAUAAUUCACAUAUUUAUUGGUACAUGUAAAUUCACAUCAGGUAUUGUAGAAAGAAGAGGAAAACGUCUAGUAUAUAGAUUUAAAUAUAUGUACUAGUAUACAACUUGGUCAAAAUAGCAAUUAACAGUAUAAUUAAGCUACUGUAACUUUGUAAAUUUGAAUUAAAUCUACAGAACUUUAUACAACAUACCGGUAUUUGAAAACUGUAAUGUUAAAAGUUACAUGCAAAUAACAUAUCAAUACAUGUAAACCUAUGACCACAUAAACAUACAAUAUGGAGAGACAAUGAGAUCGACUAGAAAAGAGCAAGAACAUUGAUUAAAUAAAUAAUGGACAUGUUAACAGUUAUAUUGCAUAAAGUUCUUGUUCCCUGCCCUGGGAAUGUGUAAAUCACAGUUCCAAUAUCACAAAAUGUCAGAUUUACUACAAGCAAUAUCAGAGAGUAUAAUCGUAUAAAUUAAGCUCUACACACACAAAGUUGGGCAAUACUCAAAAAGUCAUACAAUAACAUAUGCCUGCAAAGUUUCAUAAAAUAAUGCGUAUAUAUACCAAAUGUUGUUGAAAUUGAUAUUGUGGUACAUCUUAAAGAUGAAACAGGCAAUAUAAAUAUAAUAAUGAUGUUGUAAAUAUCGAAGCAUUGAGCAAAGAUUGAUUUUUAAAUAACAUCAAUUAUUGCUGACGAAAUGAUUUUUUUAUUGAUAUGCAUGUAAAACAAUGCAAAAUAAUAGUUUAAGACUAGGUUGUUUCUUUUGAUAAAGACAGAAAACUUUGAAUAAUAUGGUCCCUACAUUUAAAUAGCUGAUUUACAAUGUGUCAACUUAAAACAGGAAAAGUUGACUACAUCUGAAAGAAUGGAAAAUAUCUUUAAUUCCAAAAGCUUACUAAUUUGAACUCAAAAAACAUUAUUUACAAAGUAUACAUGUACUGGCAUUUUAUUUUGCCAAAAACUUUAAGAAAAGGAAACUUAUUAGCAGUAACAUGUAACACAUCAUGGUUUAGUUUAACAAAAAUAAAGUGGUAAAGUUCAUCAAGAUUUCACUGUAAAAUGAGGGACUUUGUUCCACCAGUUUGCCAAUAUUCACUUUCUCUUUACAAGGGGACGUGAAUCAGUUUAGAAAAA